AUGUCCUGCGCAAGUCUCUGCUCGUCGCUCACGUUUCCAGCUUCGGAUUUUCCGGUCGACCUCUGCCGAGUGGUCUUGACUGUUCAAACUAGCGAUGAAUCUGAGACUUACAUGGAAGUGUGGCUCCCAGAGAAUGGCGAAUGGAACGGACGCACAAUGAACACAGACAAUGGCGGCGUCAAUGGCUGUGUUCAUUACGUUGACAUGAAAUACGUCUCUGGACGUGGCUUUGCAGCCAUUGGCGACAACGCCGGCCACAACGGAUCUUCUUUCGACGGCUCCUGGUUCGCCGACUCAAACGAAGUUGUCCUUGAUUGGGUCUACCGUGCCCGUCACUCUGCUGUUGUCGCUGGUAAAGAAGUUGUCGAUCAAUUCUACGGUGAAGCUCCAGAAUACUCUUACUAUAUCGGUUGCUCGGCCGGCGGCGCACAAGGGCUCAAGUCCGCUCAGAUGUACCCAGGCGAUUUCGAUGGUAUCAUUUCUGGCUCUGCUGCUGCCGACUUCAAUCAUCUCCAAGCAUGGAGUGGCCGGUUCGUGCAACUCACUGGUACUGGAACCGACGACGACAGAUUCUUGACUCAAGACGACUGGAUCACGGUUCAAGCCGCUAUCUUCGACCAAUGCGACGAGAGACUGGAUGGUGUCAACGAUGGCAUUCUUGAAGACCCAAUGCUUUGUGUAUUUGACUCCACUGUCCUCGCAUGCUCCAACAACGCAACUCUAUCCGGCUGCUUGACUGAUACCCAAGUGGAAACGGUCGAUAAAGUAUUUACCGAGCUCUACAACACUGAAGGCGAGUUGCUAUACCCGGCUCUCCUCUAUGGAUCACAAGUCGAUGCAUUUCGUCUUGGACAACUCUCCGGAAGUAUUCAAGGAAUUUCCAAAGACUGGUACCUCUACGCUGUGGUCAAUGGUUCGCAGCCGAACUGGGAUGCUAUCACCGAUCUCGGACAGGAUGAGUAUGCCUUGGCCGAUUCCCUCGAUGAAUAUCACGGCAACGUCUCCCAGUUCUCUGGCGAUCUCUCUGGCUUCCAAGCGGCGGGCAGCAAGAUGAUAAUGUAUCACGGUCUGGCUGACCCACUAGUCUCGGGCGCCAACAGCCAGAGAUACUAUCUCAAGGUUGCCAAAACUCUAGGUCUCGACAACAUCGGCAUGGAUGACUUCCUGCGCUUCUUCAGAAUUUCAGGCAUGGCACACUGCGGCGUUGGUGGCAUCUCUGGAGCAGGAGCUUGGAUGUUUGGCCAAAACGGCGCCGCUUCUGUCGCUACGCACAACAUCAUCGAUUAUCUCCAGGACUGGGUUGAGGAUGAUAACGCUCCAGACACUAUCAUCGGAACGAAGUAUUGGUACGACGAGGUUGACAACGGCAUCCAGUUCGAGCGAGCUCACUGCCGAUUCCCUUACCGCACCACCUAUGUAGAUGGAGACUAUACUGAGAUCGACUCAUGGAAUUGCACGAUGAUCGAAGAUUGGCAGGAGUGCGGCGUGGGCGCACUGCCUAGACUUUGCAAUGUCGAUGGCAGUUUCACGUAA